GGGGUUUAAGUGAUUGUGGUGUGGACGUAUGCUGCAAUAGUAGUGAAAGAGUUUUUGGAUAGCAUAAGUAGUUACCGUACGUUUGGGUUGACACUUUGUAUCAGACACUCUCCUGAGUUGGCGAGCCUGUAAGUGUUUGAUAGCACCCCUGAGAGGAUUCUGUGUGUUUUUUUGGGUGUACACUGCAUAGGAGCACCAUGGAUUUGCUGCAGGACUCUCGGUGGACCAUGCAGGGCCUCAACAGCCGUCUGAAGGGCUUCCUGGAGCAGGUAAACAAGCUGCAAGAGGCAAACUGGCAUCUGGAGGGCCAGAUUGCAGACUGGGGUCUGAGGAACGCCCCGCACCCCCAGGAAUGGACGCAGCAGGAAAGGACUGUGGACGAUCUCCGUGCCCAGGUUGGUAAACUGCUGAUGGAGAACGCAGAGCUGGUGCUGCAGUCUGACCACAUGAUGUCCAGGGCUUCUACCAUCCAGGCCAGAUGUGAGUUGGAGGAGAGGCUGACCAAGUGUCUGGAGCAACAGGUGGCUCUGCUGAGGGAGAACAAGACGAGGGUGGAGCAUACCAAUGUGCAGGUGGAGGCGGAACUACACAACUCCAUGGCAGAGCUGCAGGACAUGCACCAGGACUAUGUGGCAGCCCGUGCUCUGCAGCAGCAGCAGGCCGACUCCUGUGAUGCGCUGCUAGUGACGGCCACAGCGUGGGAGGAGGAUGGCACAGGGAUGGAGCUCUCCCAGCUCCUCGACCGAAUCAGGACGCAGUGCGACCGCCUCAGCCUCACCGGCCUAAAUCAAGUCCCAGAUGACCGACACCCCGGCCUGGCCGCCGGCCCAAAUCAAACUCCAUACUCUGCUGCUGGGCCGAGCCGUUUCGGAGCCACACUCAGACCCCGAGCCCAUGGAGGAUCUCUCCCACAGCUCAAUGCAGAAGAGGCAGCAUGGACCCAGGUGAACCUCGGAGGGACUGCCCUGAGGGAGGCGCGGGCAGAGCUAGCCGAGGCCAGGAAACAGUGGCACUGCCUGCAGGUGGAGAUCGAGUCCCUACAUGCUCUGGAGAAAGGUCUAGAGAGUUCCCUCCACCAUACCAAGCGUCAAUACUCCAGCCAGCUGCAGGGCCUGUCAGAGGUCAUCCAAGACCUGGAGAGCGAGCUGGAGCAGGUGAGGGGCGGCCUGGCCACACAGCAAGAGCGCCACGGUCAGCUGCUCAAUACCAAGAUGAGGCUGGAGAAAGAGAUCGCCACCUACAGGCGCCUGCUGGAGCGCGAGGAGGGCAGGUACCCAGGUGGGCGUAACGGACAGGUCAUGGGGCUGCGGCGCUGGAGGGGCCCCAAAAGAGAGCCAGGCCCCAUAGGGGAGGAGCCCAAAGAGAAUGGAGUGGAGGAGAACGGCCUCAGUGAUCCCGCGGUGACCCCUGAGGAGCCACUGUCCGAGCCCCUGCCUGAGAGACCUCAGCGGUGGUCUGUGACAGAGAACGGCCUGAGGAAGAGCCCUGCACUAACUCUGCAUAGGCAACAGAGCCUGGUCAUCCUUACAGAGCCAAAGAGAGACAAUGAUCUGAGGAUUUCCACAGUGAAGACCCAGGAGAUCUUCCAAGGCAACGUGGUGAGGGAGAGUGCAGAGGGCACUGGUACCGUGGAGACGGACAGGAUCGACAAGGUGAUUAAGCAGUGGGAGGGCUCCUUCUUCAAGGGGAACCCCAAGCUGCGGAAGAAGUCGGUGUCGCUACGAUUCGACCUGCACAUGGCGGCGGCGGAUGAGGGCUGCGCCCAGACCAGGCAGGACAGCCUGCCUGACGUGGAGGUCCGCCUGGUGAUGAAGAGGUCCCGCAGUAUCCCCACCAUCGCGGCAAAUGUCGAGGCAACAGUAUAGUCGAGGCAACAGUACACCUAUCAUUGAUAGGUGAUAUCAUCAUUGAAUUGCCUCCCUCAUAAAUGUUGUGAUCUGGCAACAGCAUCCCUACCCUUGACUGUGAUAUCACCAUGAGAUCAGCAUUGCUUCCUAUUGCCCUAGGUUGAAGAUGGGAAGGUUAAGACAAUGAAGUAAUUCCAUGCGGAAGCUUUCGAAAAUAUGGGACCGACCAGCUCCAUUAAUAACUAUUAGCGCCAUUGCUAACUAGCAAUGCUGGUUUUAUGAAUUGCAAAGAGUUAUGAAAUAUUAUAAACUGGGUGGUUCGAGCCCUGAAUGCUGAUUGGCUGACAGCUGUGGUAUAUCAGACCAUACACCACGGCU